AUGUCGUCUAGCGAAAUAACAGAUCCGCCUCGCAUUCCUUCGGAUAUUAUUCUGAAUGAUAAUGCUACCCUUAUGUAUAUCGUUGUCUCGUUUUGUAUCACUGUUGUCGUUGUUAAACUCUGCUUCAACGCCUACUCUGCAUAUAUAUGGCAUGAGCAGCGACAUGCCAUUAAACACAAUGAUGUAGUGUUCUUUGUUGCCUCGGUUCUCGCAUUUUGCCAGUUUGCUAUUAUUUCGUUACCAGCACUUCAUAUCCAUUUCAUUCAAGUACAAAACAAAUCGUCUUUCCCGAGUGUGGAUGGUACCAUUGCAACAAUCAUCGCCAACCUGCACCUGACAUUCAGCCUUAUAUUGCUUGUCGGGUCAUCUGUGAGACGGCUGGUUUCAAUUCCUUAUCAAACUUCUGACUUCAUGGUGCCGUUAUCUUCAAAUACAAACAUAACAGCUGGACUGAGCCUAUCGAAUUCGAAGUUGAGUUUUCACCGUUCGGUAUCCUCACUUUCUUCGUCAUCGUCAAAAAAGUCUAUUAAGGAAGGGACCCCAAAGCCCGUAGUACUAGGCAUGCCCGGCCUUCCAUAUGCAAGAAAUCCUCCUGCAACAUCUCACGAGACGUGGCCGCGUUGGUCAAUCAUUGAAGAGGAUGAGGAAGAAGAAGUUUCUACACUUACUGCUGCUGCUGCUGAGCAUGAGAAUGAUCACAUGAAGGACCGCCGGAAAGAAAGCUCAAAGCAUCUUCCUGCUCCACCUCCAGUACUAAAGCGAGAUAGCCAUACUUCGCACUACUUCGCACAUAUCACUCGGGGAUGA